UUUCUCCUCUUCUCACUUUCCUCUCUCUCUCUCUCUCUCUCUCUCUCUCUCUCUCUCUCUCUCUCUCUCUACAAGUACUCCUCGCUGGCUCGAGUUCUUCACCAGGCCAGAUUAUAUUGAAAAACGACUAAACGACUACUUAAGUAGUGCAUUUGACCUACACAACUCCUACGACCGUCAAACUAGCCUACAUUACACCUACAAAGGAGCAAUAACACCAACCAUGUUGUUCUCUCCCUUCCUCUCCCUAUUCUCCUUUCUGGCACUCGCUCUCCCCGUCUCUUCUUCAGCCAUACCAAACCACCAUCACCGCAACCGUCCAACAGUCUACCUCCUCCGACAUGGCGAGAAACCCGCAGACCGAAACAACCACGAGCUGACCAAGGAUGGCUACAAGCGAGCAGAGUGUUUACGCACGGUGUUCGGAGAAGACUCUCCAUUUGAUAUCGGAUAUAUCCUCGCGCCCCGCGUAAAGAAGAACGGCGACCACAGACGCUCGUACGAUACUGUCCACCCUCUCGCUAAAGACCUCGGCCUUUCUGUCGACACCUCCUGCAAGCGCAACCAUGCCAAGUGCGUAGGGAAGCAGAUCAAGCGGUAUGACGGCGAAGGGGACAUUCUCGUUUCGUGGCGCCACGGGAGGAUGACAGAUAUCGCAGAGAGACUGGGGGUCGAGGAACCGCCUGAGUAUCCCUAUCAUCGGUACGAUCUCGUCUGGACGAUCCCGUAUCCCUAUGACAAGGUCACGGAGGUCUGGAGUGAGGAGUGUCCCGGAUUGGAUGAGAAGGGCCAUUCGUCGCCAUUGAAGAUUCAAGCGUAAAGGUAUGCUGGCGUACGGCUUGUGUUCACGAGUGUUAUGAUGGAUUCGGUUGCUACAUUAAUAGUCUGCAUUUACGGUUCUUGCUUUACCUUGCAAUUUGGUGUAAUUCCGUAGUGUGCAUUUUGACCACAAGCAACACAAUGAAUGAUUUUAUCUGGAGUAUAUCAGUCAAUUGAGGGCAAUUCGCAUUCCAAAGUCCUCAUAGAGAUGGAGUAAACAGCACAGACCAAUGUGCGGGCGGUGAACCAGCCGAGCGGAGAAAAAGUGAACGCCAAGAUUUCACCCAAAUUUUUCCCAAAAGAUCUAUCGCGCUUC